AUGAGAAACCAGAUCGAUCUGCUGGCCACCGUCACGGUUCUGGGAGUCCUGGAGCAAGCGUAUUUUGCGCUGCAGGUGAUCUAUGCCCGGCGAAAGUACAAGAUCUCCCCUCCUGAGACAACUGGCCACCCUGACUUUGAGCGCAUCUUCAGAGCUCAGGUGAAUUGCUCAGAGUACUUCCCCAUCUUUGUCUCGCUCCUCUGGGUUGCUGGCAUCUUCUUCCAUCAAGGUGUGGCGGCAGCGUGUGGGCUGCUGUACCUCUACACCCGUCUCCAGUAUUUCCAGGGAUAUGUGCAGGCUGCACAGGGACGGUUGGGGCCACUGUACGCCAGCGCCCGGCUGCUCUGGCUGCUGCUGGGGCUGGCAGUGGCUGGGCUCCUGGCACAUUUCCUGCUGCCCCACUCUGUGUGGACAGCACUGCUGGCAUGGCCUCUCUGGCUGCUCAGCGCCUGGUGA